AUGGAUGGAGCCAAGAUUUUUUCCCCGGAAGUUCAAAUUACAGACAAAACCUACUGUAUCGAGCUCUUUUACUUGGCCUACGGAAAGGCGCUUUUUAGACGAUCCCUUGGGCUAAAGAAUUUGAACAAAAACGAAGAAAUAAUCAUCAGCAAUCUUCCCAAAAAAUCCGUCAAUAAUGAGCACUGGAUCGAAGUUCGUCUAGAAACUGAGCUUCCAGAAACUUGGAGAUGGGGGAAAAUGCAGCUCUUUCUCACUGUAACUCGCGGUUUUAGCUUUGCGUCAGAAGUUGCCUUCGAUGAUAUUUCGCUCAAGCCCGGAAAAUGCCCGAAAAAUGAGAAAAAAGAGCAACCACCGCCAACUGCGAGGACUUAUCUCUCUCCAACGCCAACAAACCAGCCCGCAAAGAUUGAAGUCGUGAGAGAAUACAACCCAUUUUUCACCCUGAACACGCGAAAAUGCUCGAUCUCAUCUUGGGAUGGAAAGAAAAUGAUACGAACAGAGGAGACCUACAGUGUCCAGUUUCACCUUUGCUGCGGAAACAAACUUGUAAGCCGAAGCGCUGGUGAUAAAUGCUGCGAAGGAGCACCUUAUUAUUCCAGGAAACAAGUUUGCUGCGGCGGAAAAGUUUUUGAAAAACAAAAUGGAUAUUCUUGUUGCUCAGAAAAAUAUGUUAAUGAUGGGCGAGUCUGCUGUGGCGGUAGUGAAUUAAAGGAGCCAGCGAAAGAAGGUUGUUGUUCUGGAAGUUCGUUUUCAAGGGAUGAAGCUUUUUGUAUCGAAAAUCGAGUCGUCCAAAAAGCCGAGGUCGAUGAAAACCGAUUAUGCGGAAACAAUGAUUUCAAAAUCCAACUCGCCCCUGACGAAGCCUGCUGCAACGGCAACGCUUACAAAUCCCUUCUUUUCGGCUGCUGCUCUGGCGGUUUUGUCUACGACCUGCGCUACGAAGAAUGCAACGAGUGGGGCAAACCAAAAAAGCUCAAUUUUUACAAAUCGCUUCAGCCGAAAAUGCAGCUUGGAAUGUAUUUCUUUUCCUAUACUCCCCAAUAA